UGCAAGGGGAUCGCAACGAUCACAGACCUAAAAUGCCACUGACCGGUUUCAUUAGCGAUGAUGAUGAUGAUGAUGAUAGUGAUUCUGAUUCCAUAUCUACAAAAACAUGUUCCAUUAAAAGCUCGAGCACUUGUGUUACUUUUGGUAACUCUAAUCGUCUCAUAGACCAAAUCAUAGACCUGCCAGAGUCCCCACGCUCAACAAUCGAAUCAGUCUCGUUAACUCAAGAGGUGAGCAAAGCUCUGGGAGCCAAUAGUGCUAUAUCUGAGAAGAAGAUGAGUCCUUGUGAUGAUGAUGCACAAGUAAGUGAGAUCGGAGGUGAUCAAAUGGGUCAGGAGAUGGUGAUCAAGAACAAAAGAGCUGGUUUCAUUUACAGGAUGAUACAAAAAUUCGCCAAGAAAAUCAAGCUAUGUUCUUGUGUCUCAAGAAUAUGAUGCACCAGUCAAUGAGAUCAAUUAAGAAUACAUUUGGUAAUUUCCAUGUAUGAGUUCAGUUAUGUCUAUCUUGUUUUGUAACUAUUUCGUAUUUUUAAUGUAUGUCCUAAUCUCAUAUA